CCGCUCCUCUAUAUCAGAGGGGUUCUGCCUUCUUCGUCCUCUGCUCUUUCCUUGCAGCUCCGCUUCUAGUCAAAAACCUUUCCUCACAUUUUCUUUCUGAACAAAACCACAAUGAGUCGUAUAUCCUAUCGAUCAUCCUCCGGAGGGGCAAGCAGAGGCUUCACCUCCGGCUCUGCAAUUGUUGGUGGUGGUGGUGGGAGAUCAAGCUACAGCUCCUACUCUGUGGCUCGGGUUGGAGGAGCAAGAGCUGGAGGAGGUGGUGGUGGAUUUGGACUCGGCGGUGGAUAUGGUAGCCGAAGUCUGUACAACAUGGGCGGAAGCAAACGCAUCUCUUAUGGUGCCAACGUCGGAGGUUUCCGACAAGGUUUCGCUGGUGCUGCAUAUGGCUCUGGUGGGGGAGCUGGCUUUGGUUAUGGUGCUGGCGCAGGUGGUGGCUUUGGUUUCGGUGGGCCUGGGAUUGGAGGUCCUGGCUUUGUCGUAGGUGGUCCAGGGUUCGGUGGAAGAGGUGGCCCAGGGUUUCCAGUUUGCCCACCUGGUGGCAUUCAAGAGGUGACCGUCAACCAGCACCUCCUGCAACCCCUCCACCUUGAGAUUGACCCAGAGAUUCAAAGAGUACGCACACAGGAGAGGGAACAGAUCAAGACACUCAACAACAAAUUUGCCUCCUUUAUUGACAAGGUCCGAUUCCUGGAACAGCAAAAUAAAGUCCUUGAAACCAAAUGGGAUCUCUUACAACAGCAGGGGACAACCAUUCGACGAAACAACAUUGAACCUCUUUUUGAAUCCUAUAUCAAUAACCUCAGGAGGCAGCUCGAUUCUCUUGUGAAUGAAAGGGGAAGACUGGAUUCAGAACUGAGGAACAUGCAAGAUAUGGUGGAAGACUUCAAGAACAAAUAUGAAGAUGAAAUCAACAAGCGGACACACGCAGAGAAUGAAUUUGUGGUGCUGAAGAAGGAUGUUGAUGGUGCCUAUAUGAACAAGAUUGAGCUUGGUGGCAAAUCAGAUUCUCUGAACGAUGAAAUUGAGUUCCUGAAAGCACUGUUUGAGUUGGAACUAUCUCAGGUACAGCAGCAGGUGUCAGACACCUCUGUUGUGCUGUCUAUGGACAACAACAGAAACCUGGACUUAAAUAGCAUAAUUGCUGAAGUCAAGGCACAGUAUGAAGACAUUGCCAACAGGAGCCGAACUGAGGCUGAAUCAUGGUACCAAACCAAGUAUGAAGAGCUACAGGUCUCUGCGGGGCGCCACGGUGAUGACCUCCGCAACACCAAGACAGAAAUUACUGAGCUCAACCGGGUGAUCCAGAGGCUGCGUAGUGAAAUUGAUGCCUUAAAGAAACAGUGUGCCAAUCUGCAGGCAGCCAUUGCUGAGGCUGAGGACCGUGGGGAGCUUGCCCUCAAAGAUGCCAGGCAUAAACUGAAUGAAUUGGAGGAAGCCCUGCAAAGAGCGAAGCAGGACUUGGCUCGACAGCUCAAGGAGUACCAGGAGCUGAUGAAUGUCAAACUGGCCCUGGACAUUGAGAUUGCCACUUACAGGAAGCUGCUAGAAGGAGAGGAGAUCAGGUUGGCAGAAGGCCCUGGAAAUGUGAGCUACUCUGUGGUCAGCAACACCACUACCACCGGAUAUGCUGCCGGAAGCAGCCUUGCAAUGGGAGGAGGACAAGGUGUCUGCUUGGGCGGCGGCGGCGGAGGAUUUGGACUUGGAGGAGGAGGAGGAGGCUAUGCCAUUGGGGGUGGCAGCGGCUAUGGCGGUGGCAGCAGUUACUGCGGCGGAAGCGCAUUCGGCUCCGGGCUCGGUAUGGGAGGUGGUAGCAGCUACAGUGCUGGAGGGGGUCGCAUUUCCUCAGGUGGAGGAGGAAGCUCCAGUGUGAAAAUUGUGAAAACCACUUCGAGCAAGAAAUCUGUCUAUUAAAAGGUUCUCUCUCUCUCUCACACACACACACAUACCCCAUCCUGAAAUGGCAAUUAGCAUUGCCAACUGCAAGUUGAAGCUCUUCAGCCCACUGUGUAAAUAGCUCAGCAAAGCUCUUCCCCUCUGAUACUUUCACCUUUUCCGUAUGAGUUUGGCCACAACAUGGAUCCAUACAUUUAUACCCUGAUCCAGCACUGCUAACUCUGGCAGCAUUCCUUGUGCUGAAACAGACUUUUGCACCUGCAGUGAGUGGGCAGUGAGUUGCUGUGUUGACAAAUCAUGUGAGGCACAUGAUUCUAGAAAAUCUAAAGUCUGAAAAAAAUACCUAUCAGACAGGGUCUCCCUAUACUGUGGGGUUGGGGUAACACCCCCCCCCCAAAAAAAACCAUUACACACAAGAGUGGUUCUUGCUUGUCAAUUGCUCCUAAGUGUGUGUAGAAAAGUCCCAUUUUAGGAAAUCACAUGUAGCAGCAGGUAUUUAGCUUUAAACACAUCCUUAGGUCCUUUAGAAGGCAAUGGGAUUUAAGUUUGUACUUAAAGUUAACUUCUUUGCUCAAUUAACAGCUUUCAGUGCUACACUUAAGAGACAGCAAAACCCAAUGACGAUGGAGAUUUCCAGGUAGGCAAGCUGCACAAAUGAGUCUCGCUCACACACUGUCUGAAAUCUUGUCUCCUGUUUGAGCAUGUUCUUCUUUGUAGUUGCAAGUGGAGACAGUAUAAAGCUACAGAUGUGUAUAAUCAUCGGCUCCGGCCAAAAGAAACUAGUUUUGAGACAUCAGUGAUAAGAUCUGCUCCCACCCUGUGUUCCAACAUGCACGGGGCUCAUUUUCAACAGCACCCCCCUCUUUGAUUCCUCCUUUGAAGUGAAAGCAAACUUGGAAAAAGGUGAUUGCUUCUGCUGCUGCUGUUUUAUGAACUGUAACACUGAAUUCUAACGCUUGAUUCUAACGGCUAUGGACCAUGCAAGGCUGCAUGACAAAUAAAGAGCAAUUGUCAUUUUUAA